AUGAAGCGCGAUGGCGAUAAACUGAUAGUGGGCUGCGUGAACUUUGUACAACCACCAUUUCACGCGGCGACCGAGUUGACCGUCCAGUCGGAGCGUGCUUUCCAGAAGCAGCCUCACAUCUUCCAGAACUCGAAGACCAAGACCAAGUCCACCCGACCGGGCAAGGGUGGCCGACGAUGGUACAAGGACGUCGGUCUGGGUUUCCGAACCCCUAAGGCCGCCAUUGAGGGUAGCUACAUCGACAAGAAGUGCCCCUUCACUGGUCUCGUCUCUAUCCGUGGCCGUAUCCUGACCGGUACCGUCGUUUCCACCAAGAUGCACCGAACCAUCAUCAUCCGCCGCGAGUACCUUCACUUUAUUCAGAAGUACUCCCGAUACGAGAAGCGACACAAGAACGUUGCCGCCCACGUUUCCCCCGCUUUCCGUGUCCAGGAGGGUGACCAGGUUACCGUUGGCCAGUGCCGACCUCUCAGCAAGACUGUCCGCUUCAACGUCCUGCGUGUCCUGCCCCGAACCGGCAAGUCUGUUAAGAAGUUCUCCAAGUUUUAA